UUGUCAUUGUCAAUGCAGGUUAUACUUAUUGAGAGCCUGAGUACGUUAAAGAUACCGGAAUUCUAGAUUUACCAAUAAUUAAAUUAUGUAAAUACUAGCUAAAUAUAAGCAAGGUAUUAUCUAAUCGUUGUAAGUAAAUAUAAUUUUAAAACAACCAUGGAUCUUCACCGGCCUGUCGAUUCCAAUAAGACAUAUGAAGAGAUGACCGCAGAAGAAAAAUUACGAUAUGACCACCAAAAGAUGCACGAGUUGCACCGCGGUCAUGAAUCCAUGCACACGACAAUGGUGAUGAUCCUCAUCGUCACACUUGUGGUGGCACAGUUUGUUGUCGUCGAAUGGAAAAGGCGCCAUUAUCGAUCUUAUGCUUUGUUUUUUAAUAAUAAAAUUGUUCAGUUCUUUACAAUGGUGUCGAUGUGGUCGAUACCGCUGGCGCUGAGUUUCAACAAAGGCUGGUGGAGGUUCAUCACAAUAUGGACUAUCUUUACACUGCUCACGGGAAUCGUUAUAAGGAAGUCCACGGAAAGGCCCAUGUCUAAUACUACGCCAAGAUUGGUAUACAAAUGGUUCUACCUAAUAUACAAAGCUAGUUGUUUCCUGGGUAUUGUUGGCUAUAUCUUAAUGAUGUCGACGUUCGCUGGUAUAAAUACGUUCUUCGGGCACAAGCCGCAGCAGUGGAUGGAUGUAGCUCUGGUGUUGCUGUUCUAUGGGCUGUACUUUGGUGUGUUAGGCCGGGACGUUGCUGAAUACUGUACGGAUAAAAUGGCUGCCUCUAUUGGGUACUAUACAAAGGAGGGCAUUCCAACAAGACAGUUGGAAAGCAAUGUUUGUGCGGUGUGUGGUAACCAACUGCUGGUGGAUGUCAACGAGGAGGGUAUCCUCGAGAACACAUACAAGCUGCCGUGCGGGCAUGUGUUCCACGAGUUCUGCAUCAGAGGCUGGUGCAUCGUGGGCAAGAAGCAGACCUGCCCCUACUGCAAGGAGAAGGUGGAUCUACGCCGCAUGUUCACCAACCCCUGGGAUCGGCCCCACAUCUUGUAUGGGCAGCUGCUGGACUGGAUCAGGUGGCUGGUUGCGUGGCAGCCGCUCAUCUUGUUCCUGGCGCAGGGCAUCAAUUGGAUAUUCGGACUUGAAUGAGUCCCCUACAUCGGAAGACAUCGUAGUGACAGUGAUAUUUGUGUUUUAGUGACAGUGUGCGAUGUGAAGUGUUCAGAAGCAAUCAGAACCGUUAAUUGGUUACACAAUAUUAGUGACGAAUUUUCAAUAUUCUGAAGAAAUGAAAUGCAUGAAGAUGACAAGAUUGAAGACAAAGCUAACAGAACUGACACCAUGUACAUUGAUCAAAAGAACAUGAACCUGGUGAGUCCAAUCUAGAGUAGAUAAUUACAGAGAAAUGAUUGUGUACAUUUCUAUAACUUAAACUGCACUAAGGGUGUUUAGUAGCCAAUUAAUAUCUCUGAUUGUGGCUAAGUGUUUGUGUGAACUAGCUACAGCCAGUGGCAUAGUUUAUUUAAAGGUAUUUAAAAUAACUUACAAACUAAAUAUGUUGAGGUUUUUG